CAAAAGCUCGAGAAUACCCUACCGGCAUCAAAAACCCAAAACUUCCAUUCCCACUUUGUAUUUCGAAGAACGAAAAAAGAACGCAGAAGAAGGGAGAAACAUGAGAGGAAGACGCAGAGUGCUUCUUAGCCUCUCUUUUUCUCUGCUUUCACACGUAAAGCACAAGCUUUUAUCAAAAUCAACACCACCCACUUCUUUAUUUCGAAGUAGAAUCACAUUCUCAACUUCUUCCUCCUCCAUAGACCCUCCUAUUGAAGAAUCAAAGACUUCAUCGUCCAAGUCCCAAAGGGAUGCACUGAUUUUGGAACAGUUCAAGCAAAGAAAACUCAAAGGGUCCCCAAAAGACGCCAAGGGUACCCCUCAAGGGGGUUCAACUUCAGUUCCAUUAAGUUCAGAUGCUUAUACUGAGAAAGUGGUCCAAAAGGGUGUGCAGAAUGAGGAAGAACCCACCAUGGUUGUUAGAAGUUUCAAGGAGUUGGGUGUGAGUGAUGAGCUUGUUGAGGUAAUGGAGGAGAUUGGAGGGUUUAUUCCCAGUGAGAUACAGUGUGUGGUUAUUCCUGUUAUCUUGGAAGGGAAGAGUGUGUUGCUGAGUUCACCAUCUGAACCUGACAGAACUUUGGCCUUCUUGUUGCCCCUUAUUCAGUUGCUAAGACGGGAUAGAGAGUUGCUUGGUUCAAAUUCAAAACAUCCACAAGCCAUCGUGCUUUGUGCUACGGAGGAGAAAGCCACACAGUGCUUCAAUGCUGCAACAUAUAUCAUCCAUAACACAAAAUUGAAGUCUGCAAAGGAUUGUGCUUCACCAGAUAAUGGGCAGUCGCAAGCCUCUAUUGGCCUAAUGAUUGGAACUCCCUGUGAGAUUCUUCAAUAUGUUGAAGAGGGGAGCGUUGUUCCUUCUGAAAUAAGAUACUUGGUGUUGGAUGAGGCAGAUUGCAUGCUUGGUAGUGGCCUUGAUCCUGAAAUCCAUAAAAUUCUCAGACCAAUACAAGAUCAUGAAUCAAAAUCUGAUGUCAAAAGAUUACAAACUAUUUUGGCCAUUUCAACCAUGGCUGAGGUUUUGGGUGAACAAUCCCCCAUUGUAAAGCAUCUUGAGUGCCAUCAUGCAGGAAAUAUUUCUGCAAUGUCUUUAGAAAUGGAUCAAACAGAAGUCUUUCAUUUCACAGAGUCUCUUCAUGCUCUUAAGAAAAAAGUGGCAGAGGCCAUGGACUCCCUUUUGCAACAAGAAUAACUAACAUCUUGAUCUACAAUUUCUGACACGGAACGAAAGAAAAGUCAAAAUAGGUUUUAUGAUCUUUCUUAUAGAAACUAUCUGUUAACACCGAAGCACCAAAAUAGGUUUUGUACCCUUGUAUGUUAUUAUCAUGUUCUUCUAACACUGAAGCACCAAAUACCAGGCUUUAGGAGGGAACUAUCCGAGUUGUGUUUCAAAAGGCAAAGAAUUUGACAUUGUUCAGUUUAAUUUCUUUUAUGUUUAUAUACCAACUUAUUUUAGAUGUUUCUAAAGUGAUAA